CGCACCAUUCUAAUUGGCAUCUAAGUAUUCGCCAUGGUCCUCCUUCUGCUUUCAAUAAAGGCUGAACUCGAAAACAUCGCAUUUCUCGAGCCGUCCGAUGGAUUUGAUUACUUUUUCCGGGUUAAAUGUACCAGCUGUAACGAGCAACACCCAAAGCUGGUUUCCCUGAAUCGUGCGGAAGAGUUUGAAGUUUCGGGCUCAAAAGGAAACACAGCUCACUUCGUGUGGAGAUGCAGCCUUUGCAAACGUGGAAGCUCUGCAAAAUUUGAUCCUUCAAAGACGCUGUCCUAUACGGAGGAGCACAGCGGACAACUGGCUCCGUUCCUCAAGAUAGAGUGUCGGGGCCUGGAGUUUACUAGCUUUGAACCUAGGGGUUCUUGGACCUGUCAUGGUACUACCGGAACGGUUUUUAAGGAUGUUGAUCUGGUUGAGAAUGAUAUGUGGACGGAUUAUGACGAAAAGGUUGGCCUCCCAGUAAGUGUGUCUGAAUUCGAUAGUGAGUGGAGGAGAGCAUAAAGGUGGUAAGGUAUAUUGAAGUCGCAUGUUAAUGUAUGCAACGGAUAUAGAAUAUGAACAAUGAACAACUGUAUCAUGACUCUUG